AUGCUGACCAUGCUACUCCACAACCGACUCUAUCUCGCUCCCCUGGAUCCCACCAAGUCAUCUUCACUAAGUGCGGAUGAAGGUUCAACCCCCUUCCGCGUCCUCGACGUCGGCUGCGGCACCGGCAUCUGGGCCCAAGACUUCGCGGACGCCUAUCCCGAAUCUGAAGUCCACGGUAUCGACCUAAGCCCCAUCCAGUCCUCCUGGGCUUCCCCAAACUGCUACUUCAAUAUCGACGAUGUAGAAGAUGAAUGGACCUUCCCGAAGUCCCACUUCGACUUCAUCCACAUACGCUGUCUUAUGGGUUCGAUAGGCGACUGGCCUGCUCUCUAUAAGCAGGCGUUCGAGCACAUGGCGCCUGGUGGCUGGAUCCAGCAUUUGGAUAUGGAUAUCAUGUUCCGGAGCGAUGAUGGGACGGUGGGAGAGGAUCACGUGAUGGCCGAGUGGAGCAAAACGUUCUAUGAUGCCGGGGAGAAGAUUGGGAAGACGUUUCAUGUGCCUGAUCGGAUGGCGGGUUUGAUUCGGGAAGCGGGGUUUCGAGACUUACAGCAGGUGUGGUAUAAGCUGCCGGUUGGGGGCUGGACGAAGGAUAAGCUCAUGAAGCAGAUCGGCCAAUGGAACUACUACUACUGCCUUCAAGGCUGCGAAGGCUGGGCUCUGUUCCUGCUGACGAAAGUAAUGCAGUGGAAAUGGGAGGAAAUCCAAGUCUUCAUUGCCAAGUUCAGAGCGGCGCUGAACGAUCGGAAGAAUCAUGCGUACUACUAUAUAGGCGUAGUCUGGGCCCAAAAGCCUCUGACUGCAACAUAA